AUGAAGCAAGACGAGCCAGUCAGCUCCCCCACCCAUAGCCAAAACGUUCCCAUCAAACGCUGCAUCCAAGUUCAACAUCACAACUCAUCAAUUUGUAUGACGAUCCUGCUCGUCGCAGGCCUGAAGGAAUCGUGGGGGCUCCUAUGUUACAACAACAAACGGAAGACGAAAAUGGAGCUGACGAUAACGCAAGAAGCCCGAGCAAAGCAGAAAGUCGACUUACAAGCCCAGAACAGGAUCCGCUGUUGGAGCUGCGAAGGCGUUCCGGAAAUGCUCCCCUGUCCCCACCUCACCCCAUGCAAUCGCGGCCAGAGUCAUCCGUGUGGACUCCCCCAAGUUGGGAGGUGUUCCUGCGGAUUCCUUAAUAAACUCCCCCCUCAUAACCAUCAAGAGUUCAUCCCCGAUUGUAAGGCUUGUCCUGGAUCUAGCUCUACUGACUAA